AUGAUACCUAGAUGGUUCUUAAGGUCUAGAUUUUGGUUUGUCUGCGGCUUCAUGGAUGAGUAUCUGUCAAGAGAUGGCAUGGCAAUUGCAAUGGCUAGUUUAGUUAUGUUUAUUCCUGGAUAUUUGUGGGGUGUUCACAUCAAUAGAGAAGCUGAAGUCCAUAACUCGCAUCUUAACUAUCAAAUAGAGUUUGGAGCUCGCAGAAACAGACUUGCUCAUUCAUUGAUCUUUGAAGAGUUCGAAAUGCAGGUGGAAAACUGGCGUCAGUUUGCAGAAAAAGAUGCCUAA